AUGUCUGCCCAAGGUGCCGAGUUGGAGGCUGCGCUGCAGGAGGCCAUCGAGAGCGUGGCUCGACAGGGCGACAUUGUGCGAUCGCUGAAGGCAGACGCCAAGGAUGGCAAGGCUGACAAGGCGGCCGUCGACGCGGCCAUUGAGGCCCUCAAGCAGCUGAAGGUGGUCCAGGAGCAGAAGCAGAAGGCAUAUGAGAAGGCCACUGGGAAGAGCGGGGUGCAGAGCCGCGAGUCCUUCCGCGCCAACGUGGUGAAUGCCCUGGAGCGCAAGCUCUUUGUCAUCCCCUCCUUCAAGAUCUACGGCUCGGUGGCGGGCUUCUACGACUACGGCCCCCCCGGCUGCGCCAUCAAGUCCAACGUGACCCAGGCCUGGCGCCAGCACUUUGUGCUGGAGGAGGGCAUGCUGGAGGUGGAGUGCCCCGCGGUCACCCCCGAGAUCGUGCUCAAGGCCUCGGGGCACGUGGAGCGCUUCACCGACUUCAUGGUCACCGACGUGAAGACCGGGGACUGCCACCGCGCCGACCACCUGUUGGAGGCGGCACUGGAGGCGGUUUUCGAGGGCCGCACCACGCCGCCGGCGGGCGAGGAGGAGCGCCGCGCCGCGCGCGACCUGCACGCCCGCGUCGGCGAGCUGGGCGUGGCGGAGUUGGGCGCGGCGCUGACGCGCUACGGCGUGGCCGCGCCGGAGACAGGGAACGAGCUGUCCACGCCCUUCCCCUUCAACCUCAUGUUCAAGACCAGCAUCGGGCCCAAGGGCGACCUCACGGGCUACCUCCGCCCCGAGACCGCGCAGGGCAUCUUUGUCAACUUCAAGGACCUGCUCUACUACAACGGCAACAAGCUGCCCUUUGCCGCCGCCCAGAUCGGGAAUUCGUACCGGAACGAGAUCUCCCCCCGCUCCGGUCUGCUGCGCGUGCGUGAGUUCACCCAGGCCGAGAUCGAGCACUUCUGCCACCCGGAGGACAAGCGCCACCCCAAGUUCGGCAGCGUGGCGUCCCUGGCCCCCCUCCUCUACUCCCGCGCGCUGCAGAUGGGGGAGGAGAAGCGCGCGCUCCCCAUGCCGCUGGGCGAGGCGGUGGCCGGUGGCGUGAUCGCCAACGAGACGCUGGCCUACUUCAUCGGCCGCACCCACCUCUUCUGCGAGCGCAUCGGCCUGGACCCGGCGCGCGUGCGCUUCCGGCAGCACCUGCGCCACGAGAUGGCGCACUACGCCGAGGACUGCUGGGACUGCGAGGUGCACUGCAGCCACGGCUGGAUCGAGUGCGCGGGGCUGGCCGACCGCUCCGCCUACGACCUCCGCGCCCACACUGCCAUGAGCAAGGUGGAGCUGAGCGCGUACGAGACCUUUGCCGAGGCGCGGGAGGUGGACACGCUGACCGUGCUGCCCAACAAGAAGGCGCUGGGCCAGGCCUUCAAGGGCGAGGCCAAGGCCGUGACCGCCGCGCUGGAGGCGCUGUGCGAGGAGGGCGCGCUGGCAGUCAAGGCCGCGCUGGAGGCGGGCGGGCCGGCGACGCUGGAGGCCGGGGGGAAGACCUACAGCCUGCCCCCCGGCUCGGUGGACAUCCGGAAGGAGCGCAAGCGGUUGACGGGGCGCAGCUUCACCCCCGCGGUCAUCGAGCCCUCCUUCGGCAUCGGCCGCCUGCUGUACUGCCUGUUCGAGCACUCCUUCUACUGGCGCGCCGGCUCCGACAAGCGCUCCGUCUUCCGCUUCUCCCCGCUGGCCGCCCCCGUCAAGGCCACGGUCUUCCCCCUGCUCGCGCGCGCGGAGCUGAACGCCACCGCGGCGCGCGUGUCGGCGGCGCUGACGCGCGCGGGGCUGGCCAACGCGGUGGACACCACAGGGAACACCAUCGGCAAGCGCUACGCGCGCACCGACGAGCUGGGCGUGCCCUUCGCCGUCACUGUGGACUACACCAGCCUGGAGGACGGCACGGCCACGCUGCGCGAGCGCGACAGCACCGCGCAAGUGCGUGUGCCUCUGGAUGAGCUGCCGGCCCUGCUGCGGGAGCUGACCGAUCUGCGGCGGACCUGGGCCGACGUGGCCGCGCAGUACCCGGCGCAGGCCGCCCCCGCGGAGGAGGAGUAG